AUGUCUCUCAACCCUACUCUCAACCGGUGCGCUGUAUGCUGGAAAGAGGGAAGUCAGCUUUGCGCCUCUUGCAAGAGCUGUCACUACUGCUCGAAGGAGUGCCAGAAAGCCGAUUGGAAGUCACACAAGCUGCUGUGCAAGGACAUGACGACUCACUCGGAACGUCCCUCCCCCUUUCAUGUCAGGGCUAUCUACUUUCCACAAGACAAGCCAGUCCCGCAACUCGUCUGGGUCCCUUGCGUGCAAGGUUCCGAAAUGCUCGAUGAACUCAAUCACCCAAAUCCAAACUCCGUUCAAGAAUUCAUCGGGGAACCCGCCAAUUCUUAUCGAGCGCGUUGGAAUUAUUUUCAUAAGCAGUCAACACCCCGCAUUGUGAAUUUCCACUUCCGGCACAAUUUUAUGUAUGAUGGAUCAAAACUGACGGAAAGCCUCUAUACGGCCGUUGCCAAACACGGCCGUGGAAAUGGAAACGUCAUCUGGAAAGGCCCCCUUGUUGUCUUUGCUAUGUCCGUCGAAGAUCCACCAGAUGGUUCCGAUAUGCCAAUCUAUCGGUAUACCGACGCUACACUGGCGGACUUUCGAGGUAUCAUCGAUAUCACACUCGGGUAUGAUAAAUCCCAAGAAGAAGAUCUUGCUAGCAUUUUUGAAGCGUUUUUGCGAUGUACUAAAUCAUGA